UCUCCCCCCAUUCCAGGCCCCCAGUUCUCCUCCUGCUCCGUCUGGCUGCAGCCCCCGGUGCUGUUGGUUCCAUUCGGCGGCUCCCUCAACAUCACCUGCAGCACUUCCUGCAGUGACCCCCAGGUGCAGGGCGGCGUGGAGACUUCAUCGCGCCACAGUCGUCAGCCCCGCAACGCGACGGUGCUGGAUGUGACACUGAGCGACGUCACCGAGUGGAACAGCAGCCUGAAGUGCUACUUCCGCUGCCACGGGGGCAGGGAGUGGGAGAAGGCAGAGCUCAUCGCCUACCGCCCAUUGGACCAGCCGGAGCUGUCACCAAUUCCCCCCCUGCAGUCUGGCCGUGCUCACAUCCUGUCCUGCCUUGUCCCCAACGUGUCCCCAGUCCGCAACCUGACGGUGUCCCUGUGCCGUGGUGGCCUCACUCUGCACACAGCCACUUUCUGGGGGCACUCCCAGAAGCAGCCGGAGGACGUGUUGGUGACACAUGAGGUGACGGCACGGCGGGAGGACCAUGGGCAGAGCAUCACCUGCCGUGCAGAGCUCGACCUGCGGCCGUACGGCCCGCUGUUCAACACCACCUCCACUGCACAGCUGGUGGAUGUCUAUGAUUUCCCGGACCCCCCCACGCUUACCUCAUCCCCCCCAGCCCUCCAAACGACAGCCGACGUCCGCCUGGAAACUGGCGAGGAGCUCAACCUGACCUGCAGCGUCCGGAACGCCUUCCCUGCAGCCAACAUCACCCUGCUGCUGGAUGGGGAACCGCUGAAGCCAUACAGCGAGAACAGUCAGAGUGUGGGGACUGGGGGGCUGCUGUGGAAUCAGCCUGGAAAACACAAAUUGGUGUGCAGGGUGAGAGUGGGGCCUGAGGCACAGAGCACGGAGCUGGUGGUGAACGUUUAUGAUUUCCCCACGCCGCAGCUCAGUGUCAGCACCGACAUCCCCGUGGCGAUGCAGAACGUGUCGGGACUCUGCGAGCUGCCUGGAGGGCACAGGGAGGGCAUCGAGCUGCGGGUGAUGGUCGGGCAAAGGGUGUUGGCGCCCUGGGGGCCAUCGCCGCUGCUUUUCACACUGCUGGUGACGGAGGGGCACGACGGCUCCGAGCUGCGCUGCGAGGCCAAAGUGGAGGGCAGAGCUCCGAAAUGGAGCGACGUCGUGAGGCUGAAUGUCAGCGCCCCACCCCACAUGGACGACCAACUCUGCCCCCCAACCCACACCUGGACGGAGGGCCAGGAGGUGAACCAGUGGUGCCGUGCACGAGGAAAACCCGACCCAGUGGUGACAUGUCACAAGGAUGGCACCAUCAUCCUCAUGCAACAGCCGUGUGUCGUCAGCCGGAAUCACAGCGGGACUUAUUGGUGCAGCGCCAGCAACGCCUUGGGCACAAUUGGACGGAGCGUCAGCGUGAGGGUGGAGUACUGGGAAAUCAACGUGGGCCUUCUGGUGGCGCUGGCGGUGGUGGCGGCGGUGCUGGCUGCAGUUGGGGCUGGUCUGUACCGCCUGUAUUACCGUAAGAAGAAGAUCCGUCAAUAUGAGCUGCAGAAGGAGCAGCAGCGCCUCUUGGCUUUGGGGGGCUUCUCGGAUGGGGCUACAGCCUCCCCAAAUGGGUCAGCACCAGGGACACAAGCGUAGCACCCAUGGGUGCAGGGUGGUAACGUCCCAUGGGACCCUCAGAGGGGUGAGCAGACUGACAGCAGUGUGAUGGGGGUGGUGGUACCCAGUGGGGGACAUCUGUAGGGACAAUGUGGUGGUACCCCAUGGGUGACACCUAUAGGGACACAACCAGUGGUACCUGAUGGGGGACAUCUAUAGGGACACACAGCUAGCCGUAGCCCAUGAGUGACACCGAUGGGGACACAACCUCUGGCCCAGGGACACCACAGUGGUGUUACCCAGUGGAUGAGGACAGGUGUCACGCUGACUUCAUGCUGUCCCCCAACACCUGGCUGGCCCAGGGUGGGGGGGCCACGGUGGGUUCUGGUGAUGAAGGUGAGGACGAUGAGGGUGCAGGGGGUGUUGUGUGCCGAUAAAAAGUGGGGGUGACAACUGUGGUGUCCCCCCCAGACUCUUCGCUUUGCUUCCACUGCCGGCACCAGGUGCCAUUGGGGCCGCACUGGGGGGGCAGGGGCUGCUGAGUGGCACCAA